AUGGCCCACUCGCGUCUCCUGCCGCUCGCACUGGCGACCGCAGCGCUCGCUGUCCACACGGCCAGCGCCCAAGAGGCCACUGCCGCGUCCGCUGCUGCCAUUUGCUCGAGCGCGGCGUUCCAAGCGCUCGUGGGCGUCCGCCUCGGCGACAGUCCCAUCUUCGUGCGGGCGCUCGUGCAGGACGCCGACGUGUGCAUCGAGUACCAGUUGGACGCCGCUGUUGCAACGGACGCCACGUGGUUUGCUGUCGGGCCGUCGCGCGGCUCGAGUAUGGUCAGCAGUCCCGCGGCCAACGUGCUGCUCUUCCUGAAGGACGCGGGCGUGCCCGAGUCGUACGUGCUCGGGGGCUACACGUCGAGCGACGUGACGCCCGAGUCCCGAACGCCCUCUUCGGCACUGGCACUGGGCCCUUCGAGCGCGUCGGAUAUGAGCUUCAGCUUCCAGCGGCCGCUAGCGGCCGUCACGGCGGCCGACGUGGCGCUCCCAGCGUCCGGAUCGACUGAGUUUAUCUGGGCGUACGGCACGUCGUGGCCCAUCACGGGCCACCGCAGCGGAACGGCUGGCGCCGCGACGUUCGACGUGGCGGCCGCCAGCGCGGGACCGAACGCUGUCGCGAGCACAACGAUCAGCGCCAGCAGCGCGUCGGCCACCUGGUGCGACGACAAGAACUGCCCGGGGAUCGUGGGCGGCAUUGCGUUCGCGGCGAUGGCGCUCGGCGGUCUGCUGCUGACGUACGGACUCCGGACGACGCCCGUGGGGACGCUGCUGCUCCACCGGACAGUGCUGUCGCCGCCAGUGAAGCACACGACGAACGCCCGCGUGGCGCUGCCGCAUACGGCACUGUGGCAGACCUUUGCCGAUCUGUACGUGGGCGAAGUGCUCGUGGGGCUGCUGUUUGUCGCGGCAGUGGUCGUCUUGAGCGCGCUCUUGAGCGACGAGGCCGACUACAUUGUCUCGGGCCACGUCGCGGUGCUCGUGCUCAUGUUCCUGCUCUUGCCCGUCGCGCGGCUGCCAGUGUGGGCCGCGCUCUUUAACAGCUCGUUCGAGCGCAUGGUCAAGUUCCACCGCUGGCUCGGCCUCGUGCUCAACAUUGUGCUCAUUGUCCACGUCGUGCAGGCCAGCGACGUCGUCGACGUGCUCAGCGACGUGCAGUAUGGCGAAGUGACGCCGCUCUACGGCUUUGUCGCGCUCGUGAGCUUCCUGCUCAUGCUCGUCUUGGCGCUCGAGCCCGUCCGCCGCUUGUGCUUUGAGGUCUUUUACCUCACGCACCGCGUCCUGUCCAUCGUCGGCCUCGUGUUCUCGAUCCUGCACGCGCCCAAGCUCAUCGGCCUGGCACUUUGUGUCCCGCUAGGCGUCUACGCGCUGGGCGUGCUCUACCGCUGGGCCAGUGCCUUUACCGGCUCGUACAAAGCGCUCGCGUCCGUGCACGUGAGCUCGGGCUCGACGACGCUGGUGCUGGAGCCCACGACCAAGACGGGCAAGAUGGCUAUGCACUCAAAGCCGGGCGCGUACUUCCUCGUGCGGCUCCCAGCGGUCUCGGCGAUCCAGUGGCACCCGUUCUCGUCCAUUGUCACGCCGGAUGGCAAGUCGCUUGGGUUCUGCUUGAAAGCCAUGGGGCACGGCUCGUUCACGCACAAGGCGCUCGAGACAGCGCAGACGCAGCAGACGUUUGCAGUCAACUUGUGCGGUCCGUUUGGCAACUUGUCGGUGAACGUCGAGCAGUACAGUGCUGUUGUGCUCGUUGCUGGUGGCGUCGGGAUCACUCCCAUGAUGAGCUUGAUCAACCAGACCCGCUUGUUCCCCAAGAGCACGAGCGAUCUGGACAAGGCGCCCAAGACAGCCGACUGGUACGUCCUCUGGUCGGUGCGCGAGCCCGAGGACAUUUUGAUGAUGGAGCAGUUCCUCCCGACGCAUGCGCAGCUCGACUACUUUGCGCAGGUCAGCAUCCAGGACCCGAACCAUGCACCGGCACCGAUGACCAUCAAGUGGAUGAUCCACGUGUCCAAGGCUACCGUCGAUGGCACAGUCACGCGGGCAAACGGCGAGACUCUGCCAUACCGCAGCGGCAAGCCGAUCCUCGACGAGUUGAUCAACAAUAGUCGCUUCAAUGGCCGCAAAGUGGCGGUCGUGGCAUGCGGGCCGCCCACCAUGACAGUCGAGGCUCAAGCCCUCGCGCGUAGCUGCAGCUUUGACUUUCACAAAGAGGUCUUCAAUUGGUGA